AUGCCCAUCCCCGUCAAGGAGACGGCAACGCGCUUGGCUGCCAUCUCCAAACUACUACUACUAUCCUACGUAAUCGACUGGAUAUUCAUCAUGUACAUCCAACCAUCCCAACCACCCUACCCAUCUAAAAAAAACACUAACAAAUUCCUAACCAGCGGCAUCGCCCUAAUCGGCUACGGAUUCUACGAACAACCCCCAAAUCACCACCCCUUCAGCCUAACCGACCAAGCAAUCAGCUACCCACUCACGAAAGAAACAGUAACAACAAAGACCCUAAUCCUAGUCUGUCUGUUCGCACCAGCAAUCAUAAUCCUCCUAAUCUCAUGGCUGGUCGUCCCACCAAAAGCCACCUCCACCCCCUCCACUUCCAGCUCCACCGCCCCCAACCCCCCCGCAGCACAAUACAUCCGCCGCAAAUUCUGGGAAUGGAACGUCGGCUGGAUGGGUCUCGCGCUGGCCCUCGCAAGUGCUUGGACAGCCACACAGGGUUUAAAGGCCCUCAUAGGAAAACCGAGACCUGAUAUGCUGGCGCGCUGCGAUCCAGACGUAGAUCGCGUUGCGGAGUUUACGGUAGGUGGGCUUGGAGAGUCGGUCAGGGGUGCUGUGACGCUUGUGUCAUGGGAGAUUUGUCGGAAUAAGAGUAAUUCGUUGCGCAUUGAUGGGUUUGCUAGUUUUCCGAGUGGGCAUUCUUCUUUCUCCUUCGCCGGUCUAGGCUAUCUAACCCUUUGGGUCUGCUCGAAAUUCUCCGUCGCAUUCCCCUAUCUCCCGCCCUACCCGGUCGAAGAUCAGAGCCAUUCCGACGAGAGUACAUCCGUGCGGAAACGAGGCGCCGCGCCGCCCGUCUACCUGAUGCUACUUGCGUUCUUUCCAACCGCCACGGCGUGCUUUAUUGCCGCGUCGCGCUGGUUCAAUUACAGACACCACGGCUUUGAUAUUCUCUUCGGCGCGGCUGUCGGCAUUUUCUUCGCUUAUAUCGGCUUUAAAAUGUACCAUCUUCCAAUUCGCCGCGGUGCGGGAUGGGCUUGGGGUGCGCGCAGUCGAGGACGCGCUUUUAUGCGUGGGGUUGGGGUUCCUAGUUCCCUGGGAACUGAUGGGUGGGCUGGCGAGAGGGGAUUGGAUGUUGAUGUUGAAGGUGCGGCUGCGGUGAGGGAGAUGGUGUCUAGGGGUCAGGGUCAGGGACACGCGCAGGGACAUGUCAAGCCAGAGACUGGUGAGGGUAUGGCUGUUAGGCUUGAGGGGUGA